GCAGGUCCCGAUGUGGUGCUGACCCGCUGCUGCAGGACCCGCUCCCGCUCCUCCGGUUCCUGCUCCCGCCCCGGGAGUGAGCGCGGUGCGACCGCGAGCGCGGGGCUGAGGGGCGGCCAUGGGCCGCAGCCGCUCCCGGUCACCGCCGCGGCGGGAGCGCCGGCGCUCGCGCUCCACGUCCCGGGACAGGGACAGGCGACGGCGGGAGCGAUCCCGGUCCCGGGACAGAGACAGGAGGAGGAGCCGGUCCCGCUCCCCGCACCGGAGACGAUCCAGGUCCCCACGCCGGCACCGCUCCAGCUCCUCGUCACCAGUGCGGCCCAAGGAACGCCGGGAUGAGGAGAAGAAGGAGCUCAAGGACUCCAAGAAGGAGAGACAGAUCACAGAGGAGGAUCUGCAGGGCAAGACGGAGGAGGAGAUCGAGAUGAUGAAGAUGAUGGGCUUUGCCUCCUUUGACACCACCAAGGGGAAGAAGGUGGACGGUGCUGCCAAUGCCUACGCCAUCAAUGUGUCCCAGAAGAGGAAGUACAGGCAGUACAUGAACAGAAAAGGAGGAUUCAACAGGCCCCUGGAUUUCAUCGCCUGACUGGGGGACAUGGCCCUCACCGUGGAAGGAUUUUGCUUCCCUGGGGGGAUCUGGUGCCAGAUUCCAGUGGGUUAUUCCCAACAAACCCCACAGCUGAAGCUGCCCCAAGUCGCUGUUUCCCAGAUUUUUGGUAUUAUUUUUGUACAAAGAGGUCAGUUUCUGGCCGGGAUUUUGCUGUGUAUUCCCUAGUUUUGCUUUGUUUCCUUGUUAAUAAAACCCCGGAUCUGUUUUUUCCUUUAA